AUGUCGGUGCUUUUGAAGUGUGGGUCGUUCGCCUGCCAACUCAAUGAUAAUUUACUUAGAGCAAGCUUUGGGUUGAAAAAAAUUGUAAAAAACUUUCACGAAGCUUCAUGUGUCAGUGCCACAGAUAGAUUGGAAUCAGAAGAUAAAGACAUUUACGAACAUGCUCUGGAGUUUGCAAAAAAUGAAUUGGCCCCAAAUAUGAAGAAUUGGGACAGCAAAAACAUAUUCCCUAAAGAAGUAUUACGACAUGUUGGAGCUCUCGGGUUUGGUGCCAUCUAUUGUCAAGAAAAAUUUGGAGGAUCACACAUGAAUCGACUGCAAGCAUCAAUCAUCUUUGAGGCUCUGUCGCAUGGUUGCCCAUCAACAACAGCUUAUAUCAGUAUUCACAACAUGUGUGCCUGGAUGAUUGAUACAUAUGGAUCAGAUGGGUUGAGGGAGAAGUGGGUCCCUUCACUGGCCACAAUGGAAAAUUUCGGAUCUUAUUGUCUUACGGAACCUGAUAGUGGAAGCGAUGCAUCUUCAUUGAAAACAUCGAUUGUUAAGAAAGGUUCUGAAUAUGUGCUAAAUGGUACCAAAAGUUUCAUCAGCGGUGCUGGUGAGAGUGCCGUGUAUUUGGUGAUGGGCCGGACAGGAGAGGGAGGUCCGAAGGGGAUCUCUUGCGUUCUUGUGGAGGCUGACCGGAAGGGUCUGAGUUUUGGAAAGAAAGAAGAAAAAGUAGGUUGGUGCACCCACCCAGCACGUCAGGUCUUCAUGGAGGAUGUUGUGGUACCAACUUCGAACUUGUUGGGGGUCGAGGGCCAGGGCUUCAACAUUGCAAUGCAUGGUUUGAAUGGAGGAAGAAUAAAUGUUGCUUCUGUAUCGGUGGGAGCGGCUGCAGCGGCUCUCGAGGCAGCCACAAAACAUCUAACUGUUAGGAAACAAUUUGGACGCAGUCUCAAAGACUUUCAGCCUUACAUCAUGUCACAUCGCCUGCAGUACUUACAGUUCAAACUGGCCGAAAUGGCCUCCAGCGUUGUGAGUUCACGUUUGAUGGUCAGACAUGCGGCCAGGUCGCUGGAUCUUAAGACGCCCAAUCUCGUUUCUCUUGCUGCCAUGGCUAAACUCUUCUCUACAGAACAAUGCUCCAAAGUAAUUCUUGCUGUCGAAAUGAUUUUGCAUGUAUGUGAUCAGGCGAUACAAAUGUUUGGCGGGUACGGCUAUUUAAAGGAGUAUCCGGUCCAGCAGUACUACCGGGACAUCCGACUUCACCACAUAAUUGAAGGAACCAAUGAAAUGAUGAGAAUGUUGAUAGCCAGAGAUCUUUUAAAAUAGUUAUUUUUACUGAUUGAUUUAUUAUUAUUAACAUUAACAAAAUUAAAUUUCAAAUCGUGCCUUCCGAAUGGUUCUUUAUUUAAUUUUUCGUGUUUCUAUAAUACAUCUGCAUAAUAAAAAUCCUUAUUACGAUUAAUUUAUC